AGGGAGACCGCAGAGAAGGGAAAAAAGGCGACAGAAGGGGAAAGAGCUGGUCCAUGCGUUUUGGGGGUUGAGGUGAAAUUCCUCAGCAAACUGCCGUUGGAAUACCCAGAGGGCCACGGCCAACCGUCUCAUCCGGAACAGACCAACAAAAUCACCCAAGACAAGAAACGAAGAAAAACAAGAAGAACACAAGGGAGGGAGGACAACGCAAAGCGUUAAAGCUUCAAUCUCAUGUCGCUCCCCGCAAAGCGUCGUCGCGUCAUUCUUCCCGCACCAGGCGCCCAACCCUCCGGAUCUCUCCCACCCGCCUCUUCUUCACUGGUAGCAUCAUCAUCUCACCAGCCAUCCGCCUCAGGACGCGGAUCGAUCGGAGGAAAUGGGAGCAGCGAGGAAUCGUUGUUAGGGAAUGAUACGAGUCGCGAUCUUCAAUCCAGAAGUCAGAGCAUCGACUCAUCUUCGGCCGACACCAAGAAGCCGAGGGCCGCAUCUAAACGACAAGUUAUUGCAGUUGCUUGCGAUAACUGCCGCCGAAGAAAGGCAAAGUGCGACGGCCAUCGCCCAAAAUGCCAGCACUGCUCCAAAAGGGGCGUCGAGUGCCACUAUGAGGCCAACCAAGGCGAGACUGUGAGCCUCGCUCUCAAACGCAAGGCAAACGACCUCGAAAGCGAAAAUGUUCAGUACAGAGAGCUUUUUCGCAUGGUCUGCACCAAAUCCGAGGACGAGGCAAAGGAGAUUUUUCGCCGCAUACGCUUGUCCGGCGACCCCCUCAGAGUCCUCGAAUCCAUCCGCCAGGCAGAGAUUCUGCUCCCCUCCCUACCCGUCAAUGACCGCGUCAGCGAUUCGCGGUUAGCAAAGCUGAACGAAAGGGCAAUGGAAAAUAGCCUCCUCCGCGUGCCGGCAAAGCCCUGGACCACGGUUGCUGACGAUGGCAUUGUCUCCGAAUUGAUUACCGACUUUUUCAGCUGGGACAAUGCGAGUUGCUUCCCCGCCGUCGAGCAGAACCUGUUUCUCGAAGACAUGAGGUCCGGAAAUAUUAAGCGUGCAAAGUGGUGUUCCCCUAUCUUGGUCAACGCAAUGUGUGCAGUCCGUGCUCCAUUUGUUGCAACUGUCAAAGAGUUUCACUCCUACACAGGCCAGGACUUAGCGAGACAGUUCCGGGAAGAGGUCAUGCAGCUGGUAGAAAAGAGUCAUGGCCGGGCUUCAAUCCCCACCAUCCUUGCCCUCGUUCUCGUGGACUGGUCAGCGAGUAUUGCAGGCGACGAAGCCAGUGCCAAAAUGUACCGCUUCAUGGCCUGGGAAAGGUAUAAACGUUUCAAACCAGAGCGACGCUUCGCCAUGCUCAAUAAAGACGAUCCAAAUGAUGCGAUUGAAAUGCUCGUCAUCUCAAAAGCUGUGUGGGCCAUAUUCUUGAUGGAGAGCCGCGUAUCAUAUUUCUACAACUCAACCGCAGAUAUUCCACCCCCGACAAUACCCAGAUUGUUCGACAACUGUGGACGAGACGCAGUCGAGCCUCUUGGCAACGUCGACGUUCUCGGUCGAUCCUACCUAGAAUCUACGAGCCUGAUACCAAUCGUUCCAGGAAUAGCAACAGUCGUAUCCGAUCUCGCCAGGCUACAGUAUGACGUUAUGUCAUAUCUCACGUCUGGCAGCACCAUCAAAGGAAGCAUCGAAGACGUGAGGCGGAAGAAACACUGGUACUGCAGGUUGCAGGAGUUCAGGGAGGCGUUGCCCAAACGCUUCCAGAUGGAAUACAACUUCACCCCGGCAACCUGCUUCCUGAGGAUGCACGAGAACGAGCUAGCCUACGCCGUCCUCCAGUCACUCAGCCCGUCAACCAUCUUCGACACUCCCUUCACCGCACCUCCUACGACCGUAAAGUCUCUCUGCCUCCAUCACUGCGUCUCCGACACAACCCUCGCAGAGUCAUACCUACAACGCUACUGCACGCACUCGUACAUCACCCGCGUCAUGUUCGUGGCGAUGCAGAACCUCAUGCCCUACCUCAAUGAAGGCCACGCCGCCACCAACGACCUCUUCACCCGCCUCUGCAUGAUGGGCGGUAUCUCAGCGCGCGUCGUCCGUAUGUCAAUGUACCUCCUCCAAGCGGUGCAAGCCAUGGCCUGGGCGAUGAAGCAGGACAUCCCGGCCGCCGCGAGACCGUAUCUCGAUCCUUGGGUGAGGCUCGCGAUCCAAGAGAGCGAGACAAAAGCACCGAGCUAUGCUGUUCCGGACCGCGAGGAGAUCAAGGCCCUCCUUGCCGAUGAUGAUCAGAGCGAUGGUGGAUCUGUCGAGAGCGGCGCCGAACUAUGGGCAUUGGUAGAGAAGUGGGCUCUCAGCACCGGGAAAGGUCUUUGAUGGUAUGCCCAAGUACUUGAUUAGGGGGCCUGGCGUUUUGGAUUGGUUUGCAUGGCAUGUGUUGCAAGCGUGUUUGAUCAUGAUGAGAAGUGAAAGAUUUUUCGAGCAUUUGCCAGAUAUGUGGCGGCCAUUUACGGAACAGAGAUUCGGGCAGCGCGAGCUGUCUGUCAUUGUUACUUCCAGAUCAUGACCCAGGGCUGAUACAA